GCUAGAUGUAUCACACUCGAGCUCGGGUAGGAAGAACUUACGAUCGUGUCAUCAUAUCUCGGCGGCGAAAGCUCAGCGAUCAUGACGGACGUUGACAUGCACAUUAUCAAGGGCAACACCUCGUCAGCGAGCAACGUCUACCACAACGCCCUCCUUCGAUCAGGGAUCAUCGAAUGUAUUCAUCAUCAGCAUGAGCAGGCUGAUGUGUUUUCCUUUGCGCUGACCUCCAAAGAGGCUUACCAAUCGGCCUUGCGGUACUUGAGACGAAAGGUGACCUUUUCGCAGGUCAUCGAAGCGAGCAGAUGUGAUCGGUACGCACAAUACUUGGAAUCGGUACAUGCUCUGGUGGUACAGGAACAUUCGAUUCGACUAGUCGACGGUCAACUCUUAGUCGAAGGGGAGAAGCAGUCAGCCGACGCCGAUAUCGUACUCUUCCUGAUCCGAUCGUAUCCCUACAAGACACCUCACGUGUUCCACCUCAAGGGCAUUCGAUACAUGCCAAACCUCCGAUGGAUCUCCAUCGAAUGUUGUCCGUCCGACCUGUUGGACCCAAAGUUGAACCUCAAGCCGUCCGUCCGUGUACAUGUGGAGAGGAAGGAGAUUUACCAGGUGGGCCCGCGUCGCAUCGAGGUCACGAGCAGGGCGAAGGGGCAGAUACGGCGUUGGGAUUGGGAAACGCUUUGGGACCCGCAAGCGAUGCAAUUAAAAGACAAUCCUUCGUCUGCUUUCCAACGCUGGUCCAAGCAGGUAGUCUUGGAUACGAUCACCAUCUGGCCGUCAGAGCGUAGUGCGAUCGAAGAGGAAGACACGGACGACGAUCUCUGGGUCGACCCAGUGAUUCAAUCUCUCCGACACUGGAAAAUGGACACGCGUUUAAAUCGUCUACGUAACCUCUACAUCGAGGACCAAGAUAUCUGCGCAGAGACGCUCCAAAUGAUCCUCCGCCAAUGCCCCAUGCUUGAACAGAUUGAGGUCUCAUUGUCAAGUGACUCGCGUGAAGCGGAAGAUUACGGGCUGUUACAGGAUCUCACUGGGAGAUGGGGCUUGAUCGACGUCACGUUGAGGGGAAACGCAAAGAUCGAAUGGUUACCCUUUCUUCGGCGGUGUAAACGGGUCUCCCUACUUUCCCUACGGGAGGUCGAUGGAGAGAGAUUCUCUCCGCCGUCCGUCUUGAGAUGUUGGAACGUCUCGGAAUGGGAAGACCUUUACAACGAAUACAAUCUAGACCUGGACAGGGUCUACCUCGAAGACCUCACCGUCGACUUGCCGAUCUCGGGUGUCCGGACGUGUUUACAAGCGGAUACGUUGAUCAGAUUCAUCAAGACGAACACGACGGACCAGACGAGAGUCCACCUGAACGUGACCGGAGCAAAGGUGGAUUUUGACUUUGAAGUCAAAGGAGCUGUUGACGAGGACGAUGAUGACUUAAAAGUGUCCGGUAGGGAUGUCGAGAUGAUGCGAGCGCAUCGGGCCAUCUUGCGUUACGCUGCGGACGAGCGGGAAAAGCUGGAUCGUGCCGUCUCAUGACCCACCGUCUAGGGUUCAAGUCAGGAUCAUUGCGUCUGACCUUGUCUGCCCGUCUAGAGCCCCUGAUCCAAUAUUUGGUGGCACAAGACGAUCAUCAAACAAGGAUCGUGUCACACCGAAAUGGGUCGAAUUGACCGGGACAUGUACAGCACUUUACAUAGGUUUGCCAAAGUCGCAUCCUCUGCUUGAACUACCAGAACGUGAUGCCUAUGUGCAGCAGCGAUACCAAAUCCAUGGGGUGUCUCGAUGUAACAAUCUUGAUAGUUUUGCGAAUCUUGGUCCGUACCUAAAAUUACUCGC